AUGGAGUUAAAAUCGCCGAAAGCGAAGAAAAAGUCGCCGAAAUUAUUAUCUUGGGAGAAAAUGUUUCGAACACCAUUCCUGUUACUGCUCCUUCUUGGUACAUCUAACUGUGACAAUACUGACACAAGUGAUAACAGUGACAGAUCGCUUGGUUUUGACACUUCCCUAUCGAACAGUUCAGUUUUAAAUAACAACCGUUUCAGGCUAAGGCAUUAUCACAUUCAGCCUAAUGAAAGUCUAAAUGAAAAACAAGUGCUCAGUGAUAUAAAAUACUUAAGGCGUCAUUUAAAUAGGGAAAUCAUUAACUUCGUGAUGACUGACGUACUCGUGGACGGUGAGGUGGAGAAUCGUGUUCACUACAAUGGUAUUACUGCAAAAGAGACAUCUGUUGGUAUUGACGGAAGCGGAAUAAAACUUCGUCAGCUGACGGACGGCCGCCAUCUUAUUCAAGUGAUAUACACACCAAAUGGCGUCAUCCAAGACUGCGAGUACCUCGCGGAUGUGAAGACCACAAGAAAUUUUCUUAAAACAUUAAGAAAAGAAUUAAAAUUAGCAUUAGAGGAACAGACGUAUAAAAUCUUAGAAAAAGACGCGGACAUCGAGCAUGAAAGAUUUUACCGCCAUUUUGGAAACAUGACAUUAACAUUAUUAAAAGACAACGAGCAAUUGCCCCCAGACAUAGCUGAAUGGUUGAACUACGACAGAUUAAAAAUCGAGUGCUUGGAGAGGCAUGAAGAAUUGAAAUAUAUGAUGGCGAAUAAAAACAAAAUAGGAGAACAAACUCUUAUAAGGUCUAGAAGAUCGUUCAGGGAGAAUCUCAUAAUGCCUGGGACGAAAUGGUGCGGCGCCGGCCAAUUGGCUGAGAGGUACAACGAGCUAGGCGACGAUAGAGCCGAAGACAGAUGCUGUAGGGCCCACGACAACUGCCACGCCAACAUUGGAGCCUUCAGAAGGCGCUUCGGCUACUUUAACUUUAGACCGUUCACGAUCUCGCACUGUCGUUGCGAUAGGAGAAAAAAGCGUGACGCCAUGGAGAUUCUACGUGUGCCUGGCACAAAGUGGUGCGGUAAAGGAUUUUCGGCGACACAUUACUCGCAACUUGGGGGUUACACUAGAACGGAUCGGUGUUGCCGCGUACAUGACCUGAGAUGCCCAUUCUGGAUUGGUGGUAUGGAGAAGAAAUACGGACUUUAUAAUUGGCGAGUGAACACACUUAUGCAUUGCAGAUGCGACGAAAGGUUCCGCGCAUGCCUAAAACUCGCCGACACGUCCGUAUCAAACAUGGUGGGGAAGUUGUUUUUCAAUGUCGUCCAAACCAAAUGCUUUAUCUUGAAACCGGUGAAGAUGUGCACGCAACGAUCCUGGUGGGGAAAGUGUCUAAGGAGAGGGUAUACGAAGCAAGCAUUCUUGAGGGAUAACCUGCCCUAUUGA